CUCCGUGGCUCCGUGUUCCCGCGCCCCCUCGUUCUCCCGGCCGGUCCCGAUGGAGCCGCCGCACCUCUACCCCGUGAGGCUCUACGUGUACGACCUGUCCAAGGGCCUGGCCCGGCGCCUCAGCCCCAUCAUGCUGGGGAAACAACUGGAAGGCAUCUGGCACACCUCCAUAGUUGUGCAUAAGGAUGAGUUCUUCUAUGGCGCCAGUGGUAUCUCCAGCUGUUCCCCGGGAGGGAUGAUGCUUGGGCCCCCGGACCGUGUGGUUGAUGUGGGGAGCACUGAAGUCACAGAGGAGAUCUUUCUGGAGUACUUGUCCUCCAUGAGGGAGUCUGAGUUCCGAGGGGAGGCCUACAAACUCCUUGACCACAACUGCAACACCUUCAGCAACGAAGUGGCCCAGUUCCUGACUGGGCGGAAGAUCCCUUCCUACAUCACCGACCUUCCCUCUGAAAUCCUCUCCACGCCCUUCGGACAGGCCCUGCAGCACAUGCUGAACAACACCCAGAUCCAGAUUCCCGGCACCAGCACCCUAGACCGGCCCAAUGGUCAGAAAUAACAGGACAGCCCUGACCGCUUGCAUCUCCAGGGCUUUUCCUU